AUGAGGUUCUCCCUCUCCAAAUUCCUUGUCGUCGCCUUAGCUUCGACCGAGGUCGUUGUUUCCAGUACCUGGUUCAGCAAAGCUGCUUACAACAAGUGGCAUGAGACCGAACUCGAACGCUGGCUCUCCGACCACGAUGUCCCUUAUCCGACCCCUGCGGACAGGAAAGACCUCGAGAACCUUGUCAAAGAGAAUUGGCACGCCAAAGUGGUUGACCCUGUCGCCACAGCCGGGGACAAGACCGGUGAGAGCUAUCACAGUGUUAAGGACUGGAUCUUUGAUAGCUGGUCUGAAUCGCGUCUGAAAAGCUUCCUUGACCAUCACAACAUUCCCGCUCCUCAACCACGGACUCGAGAUACCCUCUUGACCACCGUCCGCCAGCACUACGAUGCUAUUGCAAAGCAGCUGGGAGAAUACGCUUCCUACCCCGGUGACUGGCUCUACACGACUUGGUCCGAAUCUGACCUCAAGGAGUUCCUCGACGAGCGUGGUAUUCCUGUUCCACAACCCACCACCCGUGACAAGCUCAUCGCCCAUGUCCGCCGCAAUUCUCGAUUGGCUUCUCUCAACAUGUCGUCAGCCGCAUCUGCUGCGAGCGCUUCCUACUACAGUGCCAGUUCUUUAGCCAGCAAAUCUGCCUCCAGUGCACAGGCCAGCCUUAGUAAUGCUCUGUUCGACGCUUGGUCUGACAGCCAAUUGAAGGAGUUCCUUGACAGCCAUGGAGUUCCUGUUCCACAGGGCAGCAGGAAGAACGAACUCAUCGCCUUGGCUCGCAAACAUCGUGCGAAACUCGAGGCGAGCGGGUCCUCGCUCUCUAGCACUGCUACUUCCGCAUUUGGCGCGGCUACUUCGUCGGCCGGCAAUGAGUAUGCAAAGGCAACUGAUGAUGCCUCUCUCAUGGCUGAUGAUGCGUUCAACAAGGCCGUCGAGGCGUGGUCUGAUUCUCGCCUCAAGGCUUACCUGGACUCUCGUGGGGUUCCAGUUCCUCAGGGUAGCAAGCGAGACGAGCUCUUGAAGCAAGUCCGACUAAACAAGCACAAGGCUGCCACUGGUUGGUCGGCAUGGACAUUUGACACUUGGACCCUCGAGAAUCUCCAGAAGUAUCUUGAAGCCCAUGGCAAGAAAUACAAGAAGAACGCCAAGGCAAGCCGCGACGACCUGAUUAAACAAGCCCAAGAUUCCUAUGCCUCUGCCUCCAAGAGCGGCGGGACAAACUACGCAUCGGUCACCAGUUACCUUGCCAAGCAAACCGAUGCUGCUAAGGACACUGCUUUUGAUACCUGGUCCGACAGCGAGUUGAAGUCUUACCUUGACAGCUACGGCGUUCCCAACUACCAAGGCACAACAGCCAACGAACUCCGCGCCGAAGCCAAGAAGCAAUACAACUACUUCAAGUACGGAACAUCGACUCCCUCAGGAACCAUUUUUGAACGAAUUAAGAGUGGAUUGCAAUGGGUUCUUGGACAAGCCCAAGGCACUGGUGCCGCUGCAUCUGCAUCUGCUUCCAAGUCUGCCAGCUCUGCAGCCAGCGCUGCUUCCAAGAGUGCCACAAGCGCUAAAAAUGAGCUGUAG